AGAAUAAAAGCAUAAAGUUCAUUUCAUCAUCGCUCUUAGCGCACGUCACGUGACAUUUACAUGUUUAUCGUGAUUGAUUCAAGUUUUUCUCGUGACAUUGAUAAAUGUAGUUUGAUUCGAUGUUGUCGCUUUAAUUUGUGACGAUGAAAAGCGGAACGUUUUUGUCGUCGGUGCCACUUGAUCACCGGUCCGACCCCUCGUCGUUCCAGGUCAUCCUCCGCCUCUUCACCACCCUCUUCCCCUCCUCUUCUUCACCUGAAACGAGUUUCUCCGUCAGACGAUCUGUCCACCAUGAGGAAGUGAAGACCAGUUUGGUUGAGGAUGAUUGGUCGCUGAGCGUCGUGAUGUCAUACAUCAGAGGGACGUCUUCUCUUUUCAGAGGCCGUAGGACCGGAUCCCAGUGGUCCUGGUCCACUUCCUGGUCCAGGUCCUGGUCUAGUUCCGGCCUGGUGGCCUCUGACGGCAGCAGUGCAGGCCUGGUGCUGCUCUCCCAGUCCACCGACGCGCACCACAACCUGGCUCUGGAGGACUGGAUCGACGCCAACGUGGACCUGCAGCAGCGCGGCGUCCUGCUGCUGUGGAGGAACCGGCCGGCCGUCGUCAUCGGACGCCACCAGAACCCCUGGACCGAGUGCAACCUGCCGGCCAUGAGGGGGAUGGGGAUCCCUCUGGCCCGCAGGCGCAGCGGCGGCGGGACGGUCUUCCACGACCUCGGUAACCUCAACCUGACCUUCUUCGCCUCCAAGAGGUCGUACGACCGUCAGAGGAACCUGAAGGUCGUCACCGAGGCCCUGAGGCGUGUCCGACCAGGCCUGGACGUCCGGGCCACGGAUAGACUCGACAUCUUACUCAACGGACACCUCAAGAUCUCAGGAAGUGCGUCCAGGCUGAGCAGGAAGUCGUCCUACCAUCAUUGCACCCUGCUUCACUCCGCUGACCACUCCGCCCUCUCCGCCGUGCUACGCCCCUCCUGCCCCGGUAUCCACAGCAACGCCACGCCCAGCGUGCCCUCGCCUGUCGCCAACCUGUUGGACCACGCCCCCACGCUGCAGUGGGAGGAGCUUCUGGACGGCCUGGUGCAGCAGUAUAACGCAGAGUUCGGCUCCAGCUCCUCGCUGACCCCUGUCGACCCGGCUGACGAGUCCACGUUUCCCGGCAUCGGCAAGGCGGCGACCGAGCUUCGCAGCUGGGACUGGACGUUCGGUAAGACGCCUAAAUUCAGCGUCCGGACGCCGCUGCAGCUGAUGGACAGUGGCUCGACCGCUCGCUGCUCCGCUCGGCUGCACAUUGAGGUGAAGAGCGGACUGAUCGAGAGCUGCGAGCUGGAUGUGCCUGCAGACUGGCUUCCUCCACGGCUGAGCGUUGAGCUGACCGACCUCCUGGUGGGUGAGAGGUUCUGUCCACAUCGAGCGGUCGCAGGCGUUGCUACACUGCUGCGGGCGGAGGGUGGCGAGGUGCAGAGAAGACUGAACAACCUGUGUGACGCCGUUCUGUCCGUGAUGGGCUGAAGAUGGUGUGGAGUUGAUGAGAUGCUGAUGGCGCCCCCGAGAGGCGGUGGCUGUCACUACAGCUCUGGCGUGAACGUUGGCGUCAUUAAAAACAUAUUUAAAUACAAACCUGUUUAUAUACAGUCUAUGAUACAAACCAACACUCAACACAACGCCGACAUUCAGUCUGAGGAUUCACACGACUCAACGGUGAACAACAUGAAAAAUAUAAUGUAAUGUUAUUUAGUGACGUUUUCACUGGCUUUUAUUUUUCUAAAGAAUCUGAAACAAUAAAAACAUGAAUUCA